AAAAAGACAACUUAACGUCGCGUCCAGUGCAUUACAAUUAGUAAAGGAACGGCAGCUGCUGGAUAUAUUUUAUUUCAUUCAUGUAAAUGCACUUUCAAUUUUAGCGUAAACAAUGUCGGCUUAAAUUAUAAAUCCCAUAAAGAUAUCAUUAUUUCACAAAGUUAAUAUUUACAAUGGAGUUAUACGUUUUCAUAUUUGGAGUAUGUUGUCUUCAUUUGAUAAACGGGCAACAUGUAAUGCCGGCCAUGACAGACAAAGCGCCCAUAGAGUUGCACCAUAUUUUCGUUACUUCCCGAAUCCCGGGCCGACUGGAGGCAAGCAUAUGUUACACCGCCAUGAACCCCGCCCAGGUCGUCUGGACCAUAGAUGAAGGGAUGGUCCCUACACUGCUUAGUACCGAGGCGGAGCAGCUAGAAACGGUACACGCAAAUGGGACGGUGACGUCAUUAGUACGGAUACCCGCCAACAUGCCCUUCUCCCUCAUCCGCUUUCAUAUCGCCUGCAAGACGCACUCGUACCGCGUACAUGUCGCACUUGACGUCAAACACGGCAUGCCAGACACGUUCGAGGCGGUGAACCAGUUCUCGCUGUUCAUUCCGCCGACAAGCGAGAUCGGUAUUAGUCCUAAGGGCGAGGCUAGGCUGCACGCUAUGGUGAACUCAACCGGAACUACGUUCAGGUUCGGUAUCAUGCAGGCGGAGAUUGCCCUCUAUAGCAAGCGUCCGAACGACAUUGCGCACAGCUACUUCCAUCCCAGCGCUGCCUACUCCUUCCUGCCAGGCGAUGAAACAAGUCCCAUUCGCCUCAACAAAAUCGCUCAGACAGCUACGGAAUACCACGCCGAUGUUAUACUUAAUUCGACGAAGCUGUACAACCAGGGUGCCAUAGUGUCAGUUAUGGGGGCGUGUACAGUGGCGGGGCCCACCAUCAUAAAAAGGUAUGAUCAGAAACUUGUCAUGUUCCUCAAUCCAACUAGCACUGCUGAGCCUGUGACGUCAUUCACCCUAGGUUUCUUGGAUGAGGCUUACGAUAUACUCGUGGAGAAAAACAAACACGGUCUUAUCCGCUGCACUUUGAUUGGAAACCCGACGCCGGAAAUAAUGCUCCACAAGAAGACGCCCAGCGGCGGCAGCGUGCGGAUCACGGCGCCAAACUACUCAACACAUAUGGAGUACAAGACGACGACGGUGUUCCAUAUCAUUAACGCCAGCGAGGCGGACGUCGGGGAGUAUUACUGUCACGCAACGGACGGCGUCAGAAAUGUCGAAACACAGACACAUAAGCUGGGUAUUGUAACGCCGGAAAUGGAAAACCAGGCCAAGGUUUUAUAAGCUAUUGCUGCUUUUGCCUCGGAUUUGUAUAUAAGUCGUUUAUUGUGUUGAGAACGCUGUAGUGAACGCUUCAGUUGUUUGACUCUUAUGCUCAUACAUGUAUUAUCUGCGAUUCAAAUAUUAAAUUUUAGUUCGA